AUGAAUCAUUUCUUUGGACAGAAGAAGAUUAUUGCUAAACCCUCAAUUUUCCUUACCCAGGAUUCCGUGCAGUCUGUUAACACUGUCUGUGCCUUUGGAGUCAGUAGGUGCCGAUUGUGGGAAAAAGAAGUGCAGAUCAAGGAGAUGAAAGAGCAAUUGAAUGAGCUAGUAAAUUUACUGGGACAAAGAGAAAUACAUAAAAAAGAAAUUGUGAAGGAGCAAAAACACAUGGAGCAAGUUGUUGCAGUUGCCAUGGCCAUGUUAUCUUCGGUGAGAUUAUAUGCUCAACUGUCCGUUGUUUUAAUCAAUGGUUGCACAGUAAUCAUGUUAUACUCAUUGAUUUUUGAUAUGUUGAAAUCGGAAGACUACAUUCUGUCUUUUAUAUUGUUAUACGAAGGGAAAGUUGCAUUCGGAACAUCUUCUCUUGGGCUCCAUGAAUUCACUGUGGAACUCAACUGGUGGUUCUAA